AUGGCUCCUCGAACGAAAACACAGUCCAACCCAAUGCCGACCAACUCCCACCUUCUCGACCUCCCAGCAGAACUUCGAAACACGAUCUACCGCUUCGCUCUCGUCGAUUAUCAGCGCAUCACCCUCCAUUCAACCACAACCAUGGAACCCCCCCUCCUCUCAACCUGCCACCAAAUCCGCAACGAAGCCUCAUCAAUCUACUGGGCUGAGAACACCUUUGUAAUCCCCAUCUACCACUGCAACUCCGACCCCCUCAUCAAAUUCAGCCGCAAGAUCAGAGCGCUGUACAACGCGUAUAGGGUUAUGCCAAAGGUUGCGCUUAAUGCUCUACCUUCGCCGAACUGGUCUAACUUCCUUGUGUGGUUGAAGAGGAUUCAUGCGAGAAAGGUUUGCGGCUCGUUCCCGGCGCCUGUAGUGGUAGAGCCGGGUAAAGGAGGCGGCGCGGUGGAGCAGCAGAUGUUGCAUGCUAUGGCGGAGAUGGUGAAGGGGCUUAGGAGUGUGGAGUGGGAGACGUGUGAGAGGUUCGUGGAGUUGCAGCAUGGGGCUUUGGUGGGGGCUAAUGCGGCGUGGAAGUAG